UGUACUGUUUUUCGUCGCGGUGCGGUCGGCGGUGACCCUGCCUCUCGUGUGGUAAAUUUUCCCGGCCAUCGUAGGUAAAGUACCCGGAGAUUGCCAUCGGCGCGUCGUCGCGACGGACCGGCCGCACGCCCGCCACGCUCCCGUAAUACCCCGGGACGCCGAGGAGUCCGCGGCUAACCACGACGAGCGACCAUCGCCGACCGCCUUCUCUUCGGCACACACAGAUAUGUCAUCUGGAGCAGGGUCUAGUGGGACUGGGCGAGGACGCGGUUCGUCACUAGCGGAUAACAAACCCGAAAAUAAGGAAGCAAAACCAAAUCCAAAGAUGUCUAAGGCUUUAGGAACUUCUGCCAAAAGGAUACAAAAAGAAUUGGCAGAAAUCACCUUAGACCCUCCACCGAAUUGCAGUGCUGGUCCGAAGGGUGAUAAUUUAUAUGAGUGGGUUUCCACUAUUCUUGGACCUCCGGGUUCCGUUUACGAAGGAGGAGUUUUCUUCUUGGAUAUACAUUUUUCACCAGAGUACCCUUUCAAACCACCGAAGGUUACAUUCCGAACACGCAUCUAUCACUGCAACAUAAACAGCCAGGGCGUAAUAUGCUUAGACAUAUUGAAAGAUAAUUGGUCGCCUGCCCUCACCAUUUCGAAAGUCUUGUUGUCCAUAUGUUCCCUCCUCACGGAUUGCAAUCCAGCCGACCCGCUGGUAGGGAGCAUAGCGACGCAAUAUCUGCAAAACAGAGAGGAACACGAUCGCAUAGCGCGACUGUGGACCAAACGCUAUGCCACAUGAGCUCAUAGCGGAAUCAAGCGAAACUCCUGUUAGUCUCAUGCCAGCCAAUCGUCCGUCGCUUCUCUCGUCAAACCUUGGCUCGAACGAGUUUGUCGAUCAUCCUCUCUUCCGACGAGUUCCUCUCGGAGCCGGGCCAGGAACUCGGCUCGAAGGGAUCGGAGGAUGGCCAGCAACCCUGAAGGACCAAGUCUCGCUCGAGAUCCGCGCGACGUGCUUCUACGUGGAGUGUAUGAAAUGUGCCUAAGAAGAAUGAACGGGUGUGCGAAUGUCGUAUCUCGCUAGUAUGCAUGGGGCAUGGGCUUGGAGUUUUCAUUUCUACGGUGAACGCCCGCGGAGGCACGCCAGAGAAAAUGGAUAUAUAGGAGGCGUAAACCGCGACGAACCUAGUAUUUAAAUGGAUGAUCCGUAUUGUACAUCAAAACAAUACCACCCAACCCUACUGAAAUACUUCUAGGAUAGGAGAGAUCACCCGAACUAUAAUUAAUAACGGUAAACGCUAAACUGUAAGUAAUUAGAUACUUAGGUACGUAAGGAGCGAAGCAUUCGAGGUCCGACGACGCAUGCGCGCACACGGCCGCCUCGUUACCUAUACGAACCAUAUAUAUCCAGACCUCGCGUUGGACCUCCGACUCGAGAAUUUUCGGGAAUGGCUUUAACCGAGUGGAUGGGUUGACCUCUUCCACUGCAAGGUGAACUCUACGCAUACAUGGGGUUCGAUCUUUUUACGCGUGCCCAAUGAGCGCUAGUUGAGCCCCGGCGAGACGUUACCGAGUACUUAACGCCAAGGAUCCAAGUUUAAGGAAUGGGAGAAGUGCGAAUCUGCUCUCUCCAUUACUAUAGAAAAAAGUCAAGUCAAAAAUGAGGAAUUUCUUUAAGUUUACCCGCCUCCGAUCGCUAGGAUGUACGCGAAGAUAUGGCAGUUUCAAUUUUUCGAGUUUACCCCUUCUACUGCAAUGCGAGGUCUAGAUAUCCGUGGUCCAAGAUGCGAACGCGUACACGCGUAACACCCUUUUGCCUCUCCCCCCUCCCCCCCCAUAUUUUUCUAUGUGCUCGAACCUUUUAAAUUAUUCAUUUUAUUUGAUGUAUUUACUCCCCUCUCCCGAAUGAUUCGCUCGAUCGUUUCGUCCCGUACCGAAGAAUCGGUGCGGGUCGAUCUAGCGAGGUCUCCGUUCUCGAUCGCCGAUCGUCGUUGACGAGUGACGAGUGACGAGUGACGAGUUACUCGAUACGCGCUCGGUCAAUGACUCGAACGUCGUUUGGGGCCACCAGCUGAUUCCUUGUAUCUGUAAAUAAAUCUUAUUUCUUGUAUAUUCAAGCUAGCGUACUCGAGGAACACGUCAUUCUAAUCUGAAUUUAUAUAUUCUCUCUAUUUGUAUACAUAUAUAAUUAUUUAUAUAUGUAUAUUACGAACGCGUUAACUUGUACGUCGGGUGUCAGCCGUUUGUCUUACAGAAAUCGCGGGUAACGUUUAGCUCGCCGUUCGAGACGAGAUCCUAGGAAAAGUAUCCGAGGAGGACUGCUUUAAGGGGUUACACCGCGGCGAGUGUCCGAAAAUCAUUGAGAUCAUCGAUGAGUCGGACGCUGUUACGUACGCGUGAUUUCUUUUUACGUAAGCGCGAUAUGCCCCGACGGCAAUCGAAAGCGAUGCGAGAAAUGUGCGGCCGUCAAAGUGUUACCGAAACUUUUAUCGGUGGGGCCUCGCUAUGGAAAUAGAAAAGAACGUAAGAUAUACUUUUGUUGUAUACAAAAUGGGGGCUAUAGGACAGUUUUGCAGCAAUCCUCGUUGAGGUGGCGUCGAUAGGAAUGCUGUUGCGAGAGGAACGCGUUUAAACGUUUUUUUUAUUUCCGAUGUGGUUAACGAAACGUGCGAAAGAUUGACAUUUAUUUUAGAUUUUAAUCUCAACUCGUUAAACGAGGAUUUUCCAUCGAUUGAUCUUGUAAAAGAAAAUUCGAUUUUUCUAAACUUCUACCGUGGUGUAACCUCUUUCCUCGUAUGUCGCGUAUCAGUCGUUUGUCUUACAGAAACCGCAUUUGCGAACUGCACUAAACCUUGCGAAUAACAGUAAUCAAACGGGAGGUUGAGGCGGUGAUCGAUCCUAAGCAUCCCAACGCUUUUUUAUGGAUAGUAGAUAAUUUGACUGUGUUCAUGUAAUCGAAACCGACGGCUUCGAGAACGAUCGAAUCCGCUCGCCGAUUCGCGAACGGAACGAGAGAAGGAGAGAAGGGCAGAAGGACAGAUUUAGGACAGAUUUAGGACAGAUUUACGACAGAUUUACGACGGAUUUAGGACGGAUUUAGGACAUGGCGGGUGAACGUUGAUUUCCUCCUUUCGAAGUCAUUUUCUCUACCUUUGAGCAUCUCUGCAAUGAGCGCGAGCGGUUUCCCGAUUUUCAUAGCCAACCAUUAUAUAAAGUAUGAGAGAGUGAGAGUAUUUGAUAAGCGAAUUAAUAAGAAAGAAACGGACACACCUACUUUGUAAAUAAUUCACUCUGUGCGCAUGUAGAAAUUUCCUGGUUAUUGAAGAAAAGGGGCGAAUACGAGGGGUGGCUGAAAUUCAUAGCAUUUCGUAGGCGAAUUUAUUCUAUUCCGAUCUGACGGUAGCUAACGUUUGCUAAAGGAAUCAUUAUGACGAAAUUAGCGGGGAAGAGAUAUAUUUUUUAAAAGUAUGUUUUAAUCUCAAAUGUAUAAGUGUCGUAGGGUUAGAUAUAUUUUGAAAAGUCUUACAUAAUUAAAUGCAGGAAUUGAUCGCAGGUACCGGAAAGGCCUUCGAAGUAUCUCUUCGAAAUGUCGGUAAAGUAAGUUUUGCAUUCCAGCAUGUGUGAUUUUUCAAACCAUUCUCGGCAUUAUACGGUACGCAUUAUUUCGGGAGGCUUGAGAUUAAAACAUUUCUCGCCGCGGAGGGUAAAAUGAAGCUUUUGUCAUUUCAGUAAUGCGUCUUCUUCAUUAAAUAUUCCUACACGAUACAAACUAAAAGAACAUUGGUUGGGAACAUUUCGAUCCGGAGAUAAAUGUGUAACGUGUACAUAGACGCGUUAGAAAAUUCGUUGAUGAAAUACUCUAGAUUUCAGUCAUGUGGAACGAGAGAAAGGAAACUUGGAUGAGAUUUAUUUUGAUUAGAAAUUCAAGGAACGUCCACUCGCUGAUCCGAGACUGGACUGGCGACUGGAAGGAAUUAAAAUAAAAUAAUCGACUCGUUCUCUAAGCACUUGUAUGUACAGUUUUAUCCUACAUGCCAAGUAAUUGGCAUGAUCACUUCGAUUUAAGGCGAAGGUGUCCGAUUUCCUGUAAAUAUCUCUUUGUACGUGGAGUUACUUUUGCAAAGUGGUCGGAGUUCUCCCGAAAUUCCGGAAACGGGUUUUGAGGACCGUGCGAACGCAUUCUGCUCAUAUUUCACCCUUAUACUCUACCAUGGACAAGGUUUCUUCGGUCUUCCGAUGUCGAGUAGAUCCACGAUGGGUUAGAAAGGCAAGUUGGGCCGUAACUUUAAAGUGUGCAAGAAUUUCGUACGUACUGAAAUGCAAAAGCUGUUGCGCGCGGAGCUCCGUAAACGUGGCGUGCAAAAUAUGUGCUGGAAUGCUUCUAACGCGUGUACAAGCUUUUUUUCUAUGUACAUAUUUUUCUUUUCGGUAUAUAUCUUUUCAUAUUUUUACUCAUUUUUACUGCCGAAGAAAAAUGGACCGAGGGAGUUAAAAACUGGAGCAUUUCCUGAGAAAUCUUUCGUUGAAUCGAUGAAACUUUUGUUCGCUCGUAGAAUAUGGUUAUCAUACGGACAAUCAAACAUUCGGUUGAUAUGACAAAAUUCUUUGGUUAAUAACCUUUGACCUGUUGCAUCAAAUAUUGCGAUAGAUCGCGUCAAAUGUCAAAGUAAUUCGGUACAUUAUACAAAAAUAUUUAGUUUAUUGACCAAAAUGUCUUCAUCCCGGUUGAUCGAAGCAAACUAGUUCGGUCUAGUGAACUAAAAUUCGGUUUACUCAACCGAAAGGUCUUUUUAAAUUAGACAAAUGCAGUCGAUCGAACGAUUUUCUCCAAUGAAUCGAAUCUUUGUUUCUGCGCGCGUGAUUGAUCACUUUCCCUCGUGAAUGCCGUGAAUUUAUCAUAAAUCAGCGGUCAUUGCGUCAAUUAAAUGCAUUACCCGCGAAAGAUCGCAACAAUUGUAAAUAAAACUCGCGCAAGUCGGAGACCAACGUGUAUCGUUUAGGAAAAUGUAAAGAGACGGUAAUUCGAUUUUGGUUGAAAAAAUACUUGUAAUUACCGAAAUGUGGUCAUAGACUCCUUUCAUUUCGUUAAAUCUCACGCGUGGUUAUCGGAUAUGCCUAACUUUGAUUUUCAGGUGGUGCAGAUUGGCGAGUGGGGUACGAUAAGAGACUUCAAGUUAGAGAAAAUCGUUCCGUGUUCAGUAUUAAGGGUUGAAUUAGCUCAAGAAAAUGUACAUUAAAAUUCCCACGUUCUGGCGUCGAGGAUCUGGAUCGAGUCAGUGAGAUAAUUCCCUUUUCGUUAAUACUCCAACGAUGAUGUACUCUGUAAUGACUUGUGCCAUUUAUGUAAACCGGAAUUUAAGCCAAAUAUUAGUAAACGAGUGUCGAUUAGCCACGUCAA